AUGUUAAAUGCUUAAAAUAUACCUUAUAUUAAAAAAGGUCCAUGGGAAAAAGAAGAAGAUGAAAAAAUUUUUAAAUGGGUAAAAAUAAAUGGACCAUAAAAAUGGCAAUAAUGUUCAGAUACUAUACCAGGAAGAAAUAGUAAAUAAUGCAGAGAAAGAUGGUUUAAUGGUUUAAAACCUGAUUUAAAAAAGGAAAUUGGACUAUAGAAGAAGAUUAAAUUAUAUUUUAAGGAUAUUUAGAUAAUGGAUCAGCAUGGAGUUUUAUAUCAAAAUAAUUAAAAGGAAGAACUGAAAAUGCAAUAAAAAAUAGAUUUUAUAGCACAUUUAGAAAAUUAAUGA